ACAUAUGACUAUUUUAAAACCGUAAUGUCUGGCAUCACUCGCAAAAUCAGUUGUUUUGUGUUAGUUUUUUUAUUUAUCGUUCCAAGCACGUGGAUUCGUUGGUGGAUUUGUUUAUAAGAGUGAAGUUAAAAUAUGAUAAAGGGUGCAAACAAACGUCCAGCAGAAAAAAGCUCUGCAAAUAAUGGUCGGAAGGAUAAUAAAAAACUUAAGUCGCCAAAAAAAUUUAAAAGGGAUGAUGAUCAAAGUAAUAAAACACCAAAACCGAUAAAAAAGUCCGGACAUAAUGAGAACGCUAACAAGAAGAACUUUAAGCCUGGCGGUAAUAAAACAGCUAAUGCGAAAUUUGUAAACAAAAAUACUAAAGGAAAGAAUGAACAAGGCAAGACAAAUGAAAAAACGGAUUGGAAUAAAUUCAAAAAAGAUAAAAAGGAGCUUAAACUUAAGCGUAAACAAGCAAAGGAUUCAUAUCAAAUUUCUAUUGAAGCGAAACAAAUUUAUGAAAAAUUAAAAUGUCGACGCACCGAGGACAAGAGCAAAUUAGUAGAAAAACUAUACAAUUUGGUCGGUGGCAACGAUGUCAUAAAGAAACUUGUGAUGGCACAUGAUACAGCCCGCAUCAUACAAUGUAUGCUGAAAUUCGCAUCACCAGCGUUAAGGGAGCAGUUAUCUGAUAAAUUAUUACCUUUAUCCGUGGACAUGUCCGUUUCAAAGUAUUCACAUUUCUGUGUACUGCGUAUGUUCAAAUAUGGUUCUCCAAUCACCAAAUCAAAACUUGUCGAUAGUUUUAUGAGCAACAUUGUAAAAUUGGCCUGCCAUAGUAUAUCCAGUAAAAUUCUCGACCACGUGUAUUUAACUGUGGCAAAUCCGAAACAACAAGCGUAUAUGCGCCAAGAAUUUUAUGGAGAGCUCUAUAGGAAAACUAAAGAUGAUAGUGUUAAACAGCUUGCGGACGCCUACAAAGAUACAUCCAAUAUGAAAGCUUCUAUAUUGGGAUCCGUUAAAACAAAUUUAGAACAUGUCGCCAAUAAACAACUAGUCGAUAGCUCUUUAGUUCACUCUGUAAUGUUGGAAUAUUUAAAUGAAUGUGAUGAUGAUAAAAUUGAAGAAGCAGUAACCAUGUUUGCAUCUUUAAUACCUCUUAUGGUAACAACUAAAGAUGGCUGCCAAGCUGCAAUAAUAACUUUUUAUAAAUCAACUGCAAAGAAUCGCAGAGCUAUCAUAAAGACAAUUAAGGAACAUCUGACAAAGAUUUGCAGUCAUGAGCACGGCCAUAUUUUCAUAAUAGCAGUCUUAAAUUCACUUGAUGAUACAAAAGCAACAAAAAAAGCUAUUUUCGAUACAAUUCAUCCAGAACUUAAAACUCUCAUGUCAAAUCAAUGGGGACGUAGUGUUAUUGAAUGGUUGGUUGCGCCAGCCGAUACUAACUGUUUUCAUCCAGGCUUUAUAAAUACGAUUGAUAAAGGUCUGGAGUACGGUAAAAAAGACAAAGAAAUACGUAGAAAAGAGAUUUUUGAACAAAUUGAAGAACCAAUAGCAAAUGACAUUACAUCCCAACCAGAGUUUUGGCUGUCUGAUAGACAUAUUGGUUUGGUAACAGCAGAAAUCUUAAAAAAAUUAACGGAUAAUUACUUCGUUGAAGCAGCAAAAGCCCUGGCUACUGUAAUUGCAAAUCCAACGUGGACAGUAUCUGUGGUAAAAGAUGCUAAUGAAAAAAAAACAAAAAAAAAGGUCCACGAUAUAGAACAAUUUGUUACUGAAGCCAAUAAAAUAAAAAAACAAAAGAGAGAAAAAAUUAUUAAAUUAGAGACGGAAAAUAUUAAAGAUAAUUCAGACAGUGAUGGUGAGGAUGAGAAGGAAGAAGUUGCUGAGGAUCAAGAAAUAAGCACUCAACUUGGUGUUGAAGAACCUGGUCUACAUAUUGUGUUAAAAAAGAUCCUUAAGAAUGAUAAAGAACGUUUAUCUCAAAAUGAAAACGCUGAAACAUUCGGAAACAUUUUAACAAACAAUAUUACAAAAGAAACGAUUAAGAGUUGGAGCAACAUUAAUCGAGCAUACUUUGUGCUACUCAAUAUUAUGGAAAAUAACACGAAAACCUCUGACACAUUGAAAGAAUUGCUGCAAAAUGAUGAAGUAUUGGAACAUAGUAAAUUAAUAGGAGCACAGUUGCUUUUAAAAAAAUUAAAUUCAGAUUAAUUUUAUUUAAAAAUGCAGAAAAUAUAAAUUUAAAUAACUUUGCAAAUAA